UGUCGUCGCGUGUGUCACAGCUGACCUUUAUCACGUUAAAAAAAUAAAUAAAGCGCGAGAUCAACAACAAUAAAUAAAAAUAAAAGUAUAGAGCACGUCGGUGUUCGAAUUUUAAAAUUAGUUCAAUCGUAAACACAGUUCUUUGUCACGUCGAAAAAUAAUAAAUGAAAAAAAAAACAAUCAGCUAAGCAUAGACCACGUCGGUGUUCGAAUUUGUUUUUGAAUUUAGAACAGUGUUACAAUGUCGUGUAAACAUCCAUAAAACUGUCGCAAUUGUUUAUUAACGGGACGUUCGAUUUUUGAAUCGUUUGAAAACAGCGUAUUCUAUUAAAGUGGAGAAUGUUGUUUUGUUACUUUAUUUGAUACAAACAACAAAUAAUUCAUACGAAUGUAUAACUUUGUGAAACCAAUUAAUUUUUCAAUAGUGUAAACAAAUUGUAAUAGCUGUCAUAGUGGAAUUUUACAGUGGCGUUGUAAAUUGUGUUUAUGAACUAUUCCAUUUUCAAGUGAAGUGCGUUCGUAUUGGAAGUUGAAACUCUUUUUUUCGUAUUUUCAAGCGAGCAUUGGAAAACUUUUGUACGAGAGUAUUGGAAAAAGUUAACGCCGAUAAUAAUAGUUCCGGAUACAGCUCAGUUGCAAAGGAUUGUUCGUUCUUUUUUUUCAAAAUAAACAAGAGUUGUCAAUGGCUCAAACGGUGAAGACAGACGAUAGAUACAAUAAAGAAUAUAGAAGAAUAAGGAAAGUUACCAAGGAUUUGACUACUCGGCAAUUUUCUUCAGAAUAUGGCCUCACGGAGGAACAAGUUGCAGAAUUCAAAGAGGCUUUCAUGCUGUUUGAUAAAGAUGAAGACGGGACUAUCACAAUGGCAGAGCUAGGGGUUGUGAUGAGGUCACUGGGACAGCGCCCUUCAGAGACUGAGCUACGCGACAUGGUGAAGGAGGUAGACCAGGACGGCAACGGAACCAUUGAGUUUAACGAGUUCCUGCAGAUGAUGUCCAAGAAAAUGCGAGGCGCAGACGGAGAAGACGAGCUUAGAGAGGCUUUCAGGGUAUUCGACAAAAACAACGACGGGCUGAUAUCGUCAGUGGAGCUUAGACACGUGAUGACGAACCUCGGCGAGCGGCUGAGCGAGGAGGAGGUGGACGACAUGAUCCGCGAGGCUGACCUCGACGGUGACGGCAUGGUCAACUACGAUGAGUUCGUAACAAUAUUGACGUCGAAAAACUAGUAUGCAGAGCAAAGGCCGAGGAGAGAUCGCCCCCCACCGCGGCAAUGUCCCUAUUCGGACCUCACCAAGUACGGGGGGAAAGAAACUCUUAUAUAGUUGCCAUGACAACGGCCAGUGUUUACGUGUGGACACUAUGUACGCUGUGUGGGAGUUUGCACGUGUGUGUAUGUACCUUUACAGGUGGGUGUGAAACAAGCCUAAUGUAUCCCAACGAAAUGACUAACGUGCGGUAUGAACGGCCUUCGCGAAAUGAUCGUUAAUAUUUGGUACAAUUUUAUAUCGAAGUGACGUACCUUUUUAUAUGUAACAUAUAUUUUUUUUAUUUUCUGCAUAGCUUAUAUUUCACCGAGAAUGCAUUUUUUAUAUUUUGUGUGCAAUAUUUUCACGAUUAAAAAUAAAUAAAGCAAAUAUUUGUUAAUUCUCUCCUCACGUUUUCACGUUGAUAAUAUUUUCGUAAAACGAAUCUCAUUCUAAUGAAAUGUUGCCAUUUCAAUAGUUUGCGAUGGGUUUAUAUUCACGGUGAUUUACAUCUGGCACAAAUAUACAUAAUAAUACGAUGUGACGUUAAUGUAUUUCUGCGCUUUAGUGACGUUUUAGUCGACUGUCGAUUGUCGAUAGCAUAACAAGCUUAGGGACUAUGUACAUUUAAGCGUGUUACCUAAAAAACAAAAUGCCUAAAUGCUUAUAAUGAAUUUAAUGAAUCAUUAAAUUAUUAGCGAACUGAUAAUUUUAAUUCUAGUAUCGCUAGCAAACCCGGUUAGACGCGUAAAAAAAAAUUGUUAUGAUUAUUUUUUACAAAGUUUACGUAUUGCAAUAUAUUUUGAUAUUAUAAAUUGUGUCGUGGUUGAAAGAGUGACUGUCAAAUCUUGUAAAAAAAUCCAUUAAUAUUUUACAAGCAGUAUGCAUGGCCAUCUGUAUAUACUGCGGGUGUAGUUGUGAUGUUAUUUGACUUUGAAAUAACGCGUAUUUUUGUACGCCUGUCACCUGUGACACUUCUAUGCUGUUUUUUUUAAGUUCUUAGUCAUUUUAUAAGCCAAUAUUUAAAUAUUUGUGUAAAAAUGUGUCAUUAUCGAUAAUAUAACAAGUAAUAUAUCUACUCAUUGUAGGUAUUUAAAAAUAAAUACUAAAUGUAUAGAAUUAGUAUAAAGAUGUGGUAAGUUGAUAAACUAAUAAAAUAAUAAUUAACUAAAACAGCUAUAGAAGUUUCACAAUGUAUUUCUUAAACAAAAUUCGCAUUACCUGUAGGAGGAUUAUAUUGAUGUUUUAUUGUGUAACUGAUGUUUUAAUAAUAACAAUAAACUUAAAUUAAAAUACAAUGUAAAUGAGAAUAGGACCAAAUCGAGAUCUCUAAAAAAAUCAAUUUUAUAUAUUUUAAAAUAAAUAACAAAACAAUUUAAUCUUAAUAAAUAAUACAUCUAUCGAUAAUUAUGUAUCUAUCUUAAAUAAUACCUAUUACAACACUAUACAGAUUUUUUUUAAAUACAAUCACACCAUCAAUGAGAUACAUUCAAUUAUGUUCUUUAAAAAAACGUCCUAUUUUCAUUUGUAUCAACAAAUGAAACGUACUAUAUAUAGUCCAGGAGUCAGUGUUCAAAAAUAAUAGUUAUAUAAUUAUAUUAAUAACUAGCUUCUGAUAUAUUAUAAUACUAAUCAUAAUAAAAUAAUUAAAAAGACAGUGUAACUAAUUCUUAGCAAUGUUAGUGGUUAACAAAAAGUUCGUGUGUUUAAUUUUUGACAUGGCAACUAGAAUCGUAACAAUUCAGUGUUGUAGAAAGUGAUUAAAGUUCUUUAUAAUUUUUGUCUUUAUUUUAAAUGUUAUUAAAGUCUACAUUAGUUUGACUUAUUUGAUAGUCUAUGGUCUAUGGGAGGUACUCGUAUGUAUAUUCUAUGGUCAUUGGUGAUAAUAUGCAUUAUGGUUAAUAUGUUUUUUGCGUUACAUAGUUAACAUUAUGGUUUGUUGAUAAAUAUAUAUAAAUGUAUGUAUUUUGUUGAUAAAGUAGUUUUUGGGAAUCUUAUAAUGGUGGGUUACAUAAACCAUUAUGUACGAGUAGAUGCCUGUGUGUAUUUGUAUGGAUCAUAGAGAUUGUAGAGUUAUGUCUAGUUCAAAAUAACUCACUAUUUAAUUGAAGUAAAUAUAAAUUGGAAUAAUUUUUAAAAUAAUAGUUAAUUGAUUUCAUUACAUACGACGACUCUACCAGCUAUCUAUCUAUCUAUAGCUAUAUAGGUAGCUAUCUACUACUCUAACUCAGCAUAUAGUCGUUUUUUUGAACUUUAUAACAAACAUUUUUGUGUCCAAUUUUUAAUUAUCAAAGAUUUUUUACAACAGAUUUCCUCGCGAUCUGACAGAUUUCUGUUUUUUUUUACAUCAAAUUAGAGUAUUUAAUGAAAAAGGAUAACAAACAGGAAGACAAACAAGAAUCAGAUAGACAGUAUAAUAAUUAUAGAUAGCCAAACAUUUUUUACAAUUAUAGCAGUGCGUUAUUUUACACUAGACAAAUUAAUAAUGGUGUUAGAAAGUUUGUGUAAAUUUAGAAUAUGUAACGGUUUUUGUUAGUCUUCCAAUUGGCGAAGGUUGACUGAAAAAAAAUUGUAAAGUUCAUUAGUGUAACUAUUUAAAAAAAAUGUCUGUAAGAAUAUGAAUUAAAUCAUAUGAGUAAAUUUAAAUCAACGCGCAUCAUGCUUGUGUUUUGUUAUAAAUAAAUAUUUAAAAAACAAUGGAAUGGAUUGAAAACCUCUCCUGGUUAUAAUUUUGUAUAUUCCCAUUAAAUUUUACACCGGUUUUUCGUAUUUUACAAAUAAAUUUGGCUUACAUAAAUGUUUUGACGCAAAAUAUUAUAAUAUUUAAAAAAGAAAUCUCGACCUUGUUUAGUGUACCAAUGUAAUAAAAUAAAUUGGUCGGGCAAAUAACGGAACGUAUAACGCUCAAGGGUAACUGUCAGUUUUGACAGAUAAUAAAAAAAGCGUUAGCUUAUAGCGAUCUCUGUUCUGUGUAUUACGAAUUAUCCAACUGUCAAUAUCACUUGUACGUUCAGAAGAGCUAUUUUUCGCCGAUAUUUCUGUGUUUUGUUUCGUCCGUUACAAAUAUGAAAUUGUAAUUUAUAUUUACACUUCCGAACGUCGUCCACGUGUAACCCAACACGCCUCACCAUUAUUCUUGAAUUAAUCAAUAUAUUGUUGAAAACCGCAUUAAAAUCGAUUGUGAGGCUUAAAAGAUCUAUAAGUAGAUCUAUAAGUAGAUAUAAUUAAAACCUCAAAUGUAUGACAGGCAAGCCUGAAACGACGAAGAUAUCACAGGCUCUUUGACUAUAAUAAUUAUAUUUCAGUUACAUUUAGCAAUCGUGAAAAAAAUUAUAAUUAUUUCAGUUAAUAAAAAUUAAAAAAUAUAAAUUUGCCAAGAUAAGCGAAAGAAAUACAUUUUUAAUAUAAGAUAAAUUUUAUUGGUUAAAAAAACUAUUUAUUUUAUAGUUGGUAAUAUGUGAAACAUUGUAAAUUCUCAUAUCAAAAUUGUUCAAAAUUAUUUUGUGUAACAUUUUUUAUUUACAAUAUAUCUAAUAAAUUAAAAUUAGUUUUACGUAAUGUUACCAGAAAAAAAUAUUUACCAAAAAAUUAUUAAUAUUAAAUUUUAUUUCCUUUAUUAAAUGUUAUUAAUUCGCGAUUAAGUGUUAUAUUAUUUGUGUACAAUAAGGACAAUAAAUCUAAACAAAAACGUUAACAUUAAAGUCAAUUUACAAAAAGAAAUAAAAACAUACGAAUAUAUUUCUGGAAUUCAUUUAAUGAAAAUAUCUACGUAAAAUUACUCCGCAUAUCAAAUGCAAUAAAUUAAUAAUAAAGUGAAUGUUUUAUUUAUAUAUAAUAAUAAUUGUCAAAAAGAAUAUUUACUUGGACUUCAUAAUUAUUAUUAAAUAAACUAUUAUUUUUGUAUGUACUCGUAUGUAUAAAAUUAAAUGCUAGCUACAGUAAAACUUAUUGUGUGUUGGUCACGAUUUUUGCUUCAAGUCAAGCCGUCAUGCACAUCCUGAUCAACACGAUUAGUUGUUGUCAGCGUCCGAUAAAACUGAUCGUGUGUUGGUCGCGAUCGGCAUAAUGUCAUGUACACGACCAACAUACGAUCAGUUUUAUCGCUUGUCAAGUCCUUAGCGCUGCAGGCAUAUUUACUUGAUCGUCAGUGGGACAUUACCGGACGUCAUACCAGCAGCGCUGCAGGCUUGUGAGCAAAUCGGACCGUGGGUGGCUAGCAUUAGAAAUGCUUAAAAAUUUACUGUUGUAUUUAAAAAAUACGGUAUUUUAAAUUUAAGUUAUAUAAUCGGCGUAUGGUUUAAGCAACUAUAACAAUCUGAAUUAGAAAAUGUAAUAAAAAUGAGGUUUUUUUAUCAAUAAAGUUCAGUGUUGUAGUAAUUAUAGUAAAAUAUAUGUUUCUACAAUUAUAAACUUACUAAAUACAAUUCGUGCGCUAUAGCAUGAAGGGUGACAGUUCGUUUCACUCUUGAAAGUUUGUCUCGAAUCACGAUAAUAGUACGUAUUAUGAACGUCAUAAGGCAACUAUCACCCGCACCAUGCUACAGCGCACAUAGUACAGUGACCUUUUUUUUAUUAUUAUCGUCAGAGUUAGCACGGAAUUGCAUGGCAUUACAUCGUGCUAACUGCCUCUAGGGUAUUUCCCAUUUCUUUUUUCCUCUUUUUCCUUUUCUUCCUUUUCUUCCUUUCUUAUCAUUAUUUUUCGGAGCAUUUGUGCAUAUUUCUGCCACUCGCCUUACACCACAGUACAGUGACCUGCCUCAUAUUUAACUUAACUUCAAGUAUAAAAGUUGAAUCGAGUAACAACGUAUUUGCUUGGAUUUUUCACAAAGGAGUAAUAUAAACGUUGGACAAACGAAGGCGUGUUAUUCUUUACGCAAUUAGGUCUACUUUUAACAAAAUUAAAACAACUUUCUGAGACGAAUAUCUUAGCAUACCCUGGAUUCAUCGUACAGUUGCCGUGUCUAUUGUGUGGCAGAGAGACUCUAAACAGAGCCUGACACUUCUAGUUUAUAACAUGUCCACACUCUUUUUGUCUAUUCGUUGUUCGUAUGAUUGGAUUCAUUCAUGUAUAACCGAAGAAACGGUUCUCCCUUGAAAAUGGAUUACUAUUAUUGGGACGGUCUAUUGGUAUGUGUAUUUGACCCUAUCUUGAAUGAAAUAUAAAAAAUAUCUAAAUAUAUAAAACUCAAAAGUGACUGAAUGACAUAGUGAUCUAUAAAUGCUCAGUCCAAACCACUGGUCGGUUCGGGCUGAAAUUCUUAUCAGAUCUGGCAUGCAGGUAGCACCUGCAUGCCAGAUCCGAUAAGAAAGGAUUUUGAUCAAUUCUACCUCCUAGAGGAUAAAAUAGGGGAUGAAAGUUUAUAUGAAACUUUGUAAAUUUUGCGGCGAUUUGACUGACAUUUGGAAUGAAAAUAGAUUUUACUCUGUAUUAACACAUGGGCUACUUUUCAUCCCGGAAAAAACCAUGGUUCCCGAGGGAUUUGUGAAAAACGGAAUUCCACGCGAAGUCGCAGCCGUCCGCUAUUACGAUAUAAACUAACACGAAUUGAAGCUGUAUCUCUAUUAUAUACAAUCACCUCCCAAAGCGGCCAUUGUUCAAACUUCAUAUUGGCUUCUGCACUUAAUAAUAACAGGAGCAGCUUUUAAAAAAUAUGGAGGUCUGCCCAACAUAGGCCCCUUUUUUCCUUUCUUGUUUUCCAGAUUCCUUUUCCGCAUAUGGCCACUAAAACUUAGCCGUUGUACAUUGGUCCAUUUGGUGCUAGUCCUCACUGGACUCACUCCAGAGUCCAGCCAACCGAGCUUGCUACAACUUAGCCAAACGAAACUCAGCAUUUAAGCAUAACAUGUAUCGGUGUUUCUUCUUCCUCCAUGCAUGCUAUGCACACAGGACUGUCGGUUAUACCUAGAACCGAAAAGUGUUUAUUUAGGCCUCCUUCAUGGUUUAAUAUAAUUAGUACUACCCGCACCUUAGCUGUUUUCGAGGCAGGUCAAUGUAACAAAAAAUAUGAAUAAUUUUUUUGAGUUGUUUUUAGUUAAAAUUUUCCCCUUUUUUAUUUUUACUGACUUACUUAAUUAAUUAACUUAACUGAGUUAACUCUACGAAUAAAUACUGCAUGAAAAUCAGUUCAGAAAUAGGCGUGAAAUUACUUUUUUUGCUCUUUUAUUUGAUUUUUUCCAUGCCGAUGCUCGGUACUGUAUUUAAUAUCUGUAAUUAGUACCUACGUUAUUUUGUAAUUCUAAAGUACCUACUUGAGAGAGAUUUAGAUUUCUAGAAGUUAUAUGCCACACUGUCGUUACAAUGAUUCGCUAAAGUGUAAAGAUAAGAACAUAAUUUUAUUAUAUUUUAACUAUAAAAACAUUUUUUUAUUUUGUGUAAUAUUUUAUAGUUAUCAAAAUGAGUGUUGCAAUGUAGUUCAUAAACAUUUUUUUUUAAUAUGCGAUAAGAGUCUGUUGUUUUUUGUUGUAUAUUUAAAAAGAAAUGUUGGUAUAUUGAUGUGGAUUAUUACAUUAUGAACCAUUAUAAAAUUACAUGUAAUAUGCCAGGUAGGUAGAUCGAUGUACUUAGAAUAUACAAGCUUGGUAUGAAAAGACAUUUUAAUAAAAUUGAUAUGUGAUUACUUA